AACUCUUGCGUCAUAACGUGUCAGAAUUUCUGUCACAUUAACUCUCCUUCCAGGGAAAACGUGCAGAGCAAGCAAUCAAUCUCUGAACUCAGAAUCCCAAACAUUUAGUACUAUCACAGUUCAUCAUUUUCAUUUUUUACUCACGUUAUAUUCACCUCUCGUCCAGUGCUUCAUUUUCAUUUUCAAUUCAGAACACCGAGAAGAAGAGUACAAUGGGUCGUAAUCCACAAGUAUGUAGGUCUUGUAUUCACAACUGUCGAUUGUUUCACCGAACAACCACACCAUCAUCGCCUACCUCUUUCUACAGGUUCAUACUUAGUCAAAACGAUUUCUCAGUUUUGUACCUUCCUUCUAAGUUAAAGCAUACUAUGCCACUCUUGGUUAAUAAGAAAAUCAACUUGGAGGAUUCAAGUGGUCAGCGUUGGGUUGUAACAGUGUCAAAUGAUGAUGGUUCUUUUGCUUUUAAGGAAGGAUGGGAUGUUUUCUCAUUGAAUCAUGGGCUUGAUAUUGGAUAUCUUGUGGUAUUCAAUUGCAUUAACAAGUUGGACUUUGAUGUCAAGAUCUAUGAUAAGUCCAUCUGUGAAAGGCUUGAGUUUUCUAAGAAAAAAAAUAGGAAAAAGAGAAGUAGAUGCAGAAGUGGCUCUCCUGACAGAGGUUGUAUGGAGGAUGAUUUAGGAGGAGCACAAAAUAGCACAGAAAAUGAUAAUGAUGAUGGAAGGGGUAAAACUAUGCGCACAUUAGAACAAAUUGUAGACACAUGUUGCAUAACAUCCCGUAUGUAUCAAAAUGAUGUAGAUUUUUUUAACAUUGAUCCUAUGUUCGAAGAGGUGUUGGGUACAGGGGAUGCCUCAUAUGCAUCUAAACUUGAAUUAUUUGGAAGAAACAAUUCUUUUGGUGCAACAGACAAAAGCGCAUAUGACAUGACUUCUGCUUUGAUACUUGAAGAAAAUGAAGAAAACAAAUCCAUUAUGUCCAAUAUGGAAUUUCAAGAAUACAAUUUUUCUGAGAACUUAGGAAGUGAUCAGGCGGCAGUAUCCGGAGAGAGGUUCAAUGGGAUCACAAAUCUCAUAGAUGCUCAAAUUCACAUCGGUGAAAUAAAGGAAGUCCCUAUGAACAUGACUCCCAAAAUGUGCAGUUCCAAUGAUCAAUUACAUGCUACAGAGUUGCCAGAGGGAGAGUUUAAUCAAGAUAAUGAGAGACACUUUGAAACUGCAUCCGCUGUCUCAUGCGUGGUGCCCACUGAUAAUGACUGUCUUAGGUUUAACGAGAUCUCCAAUCUCUUAGAUGAUCAAAUUCACUAUGGUGAAGUGAAGGAAGUGCCUAUGGACAUGACUCCAAAAUCGUGCAGCCUCAAUGAUCAAUCGAAUGUGACAGGGUUGCCAGAGACUUUUAAGAGAGAGUUUAAUGAAGAUAUUGAGAGUGACUUUGAAACUGCUGCAACUGUCACCUGUGUGGUGCUCACUGAUAACGGGUGUCUUAAAUUGCCAAAAAGCUUGUCCUUACCUCACCCCAAAAGAUUAAGAAUGAAGAGGACGGUGGUGCUACUUAGGGAUCCACUAAGGAGAUUGUGGCCAGUCCUUUACGUUGAAGAAACCUGGUUGACAAGUGGAUGGUUAGAUUUUCAAAGAGCAAACAAUAUCAAACAAGCUGAUGUGUGUGUUUUCCAGGUUGAGAACCGGUCCGAACGUAUCAUUACUGUAGAUAUAGACCACAAGUGAUGUCAAUAGAUCGUAUGCUGCAAUGUUAGAGGCAUAUGUUGCAAUGUUUAGGUGUUGUUUUACUACCACUCUGCCUUGUGUACUACAAUAGCUUCCUAUCAACGAAAACUUGAGUACAAUUCUUAAAUCUUCUUAUUGUUAUUAUCAUAUAAUCUCCUUACGUAUCAAUUGAGAUCAUUGCUUCAUGUCA